GUUCAAAUAUAGAAGCCGGAUUUAAAAAAACCCAAACAACUUGUUAUAUGCCUACAGUUCAAAUUUAUUAUUACUAAAUUUCCAAUUUAAAAAAAAAAAAAAAGAUAGUGAUUUCCAAUCACUGGCAACACGGAUAUUCCUUAAAAUUAUUUUCAUAACAUUAGAACAGAAGUAUUCAGUGACAGUGAAAAAAAGUAAAAAAGUCUGUAAGGCCUAAAACAUAAAGUAAAAUUUGCAAAGGAUUACUUUGUAAAGCAACAACAACUAAUGUGAAAUAAAAAGAAUAUGUUGUUGUUUUUCAAUUUGAAACAUAUUUUUCUCUCUUUUUUGUUUUGUAUAAAUAUGGACAUUUUUUUUGUUUACCAUUCGUGCAUUGGACGAGGUGUAAUCUAUGAUAGAUGAAUCUUGCUUACAUAAAUAUCUGGACCUGAGUAUGUUAUUUACAUUCCUAGUGUAUUUAUUCUUGCAGAUCAUUUACAGUUCAGCUUUAAAAGACUGUGAACCCGCAGAAGAAGGUAAAGAGUAUCAGCUGAUUCUGAAUUGGACAGCCCAGGAUUUGGACAACAAAGAGUUGAGAGUUAAAAGAGGAGAUGGUACACCCGGAAAGUGUGACAAUUUAACAAAAAAUUGCAGUAGCUUCUUUAAGGAUAUGUUUACCAUAUCGCGGUCCAGAUUUAGCGUAGACGUGAUAAUCCACAAAGUUGAAAGAAGUGACGCAAAAAUCUGGAAAAUUUCAUACUCAGAAACACCAAUAGCUGAGUGCAAACUUGCAACCUACAUCAAGCCAGAGAAUGUCAGGUGCUAUCAAGAAGAAAACAAAAGUGGAAUCAAUGUGACGUGCUCUACUAGUAAAGUGUACCCAGCAGCGAAAUGUAGUUUUCACAUUUAUAUCAAUGGCGAAAAGAGUCACAACAGCAAUGCUUUUGUUUCCUACAAACACAGUAAUUUCAUAGAACAAGAGCAGUAUUUUAUGUCAAAUUGCACAUUUCAGAUACCAAAGUUUCAAUUAAAAACAGGAUAUUACAAGAUAAAAGCUACUUUAUCACCAGGGUUAGCUGUAGAUCAACACAUAUUCAGAGAGGAAACAAAAUAUGGGUCAUCUUCUACAAUCAUUAAUUUUCAAAUCGAUAGCCCUCUCAUCAAGCUCCAAAACUGUCCACAACUGGUCCAUGAAAACACUCAAUAUACUUGUCAGUGUACAAGUGUGAACAGAUCAGAGUCUUAUUUGAUCAGAUGGUACAACAAACAGAGAAAUCUGCUUCAUGAGGGAGAAUCCUUAACUUUCAUUGCUAAUAGGUCAUUACCAGAAUAUUUGUGUGAAGGCACAGACAACCAUCAAUUAAAAACACCUUGGUUGCUUUAUAAACCUGUUUUAUUAGGGAAAAAUAAAAACAUCAGUUGUACUCUUCACAAAGCAAAUAAUGAUCGAUUGAUUUGUUCCACUAAUGGCAUUUGUUUACAAGCGUUGUGUAUUUUUAAUGUAACCUACAGUAAUGGGGCAACUGGCAUGAAGUCAUCUCUUUACUUAAGUCAUGAUUUUGAGGAACAUCAGCUCUGUUCAACUUGCAUUUUAGCACUGAACAAAUCAGAUUUUGAUAGUAAAACAGACUGCAUCCAUGUUGCCUUGUAUCUGAACAUGACAGAUAAUCAUGAACAAAUGUUAUAUGUAGAUAGCACUUUAGUUCAGUUAAGAAAAGAAAUCCACACAAAAGACGAGGGUACAAGAUUGUCUAUCAUUAUCUCUGCCUCUGCAGCUGCAGCAGUAACACUGCUGAUAUUAACAGCUUUAUGUAUUGCCAAUAGGAAAAAAAGAAGAAAAGGGGAGCAGCAAAAACAAGAAGAAGAUGCCAUGAAAACUGGGACAGUCAAGCAUUACGAUAACACAUACUCUUUUGGUUCUGGUCACAUCUAUGAAUCAGUGAAAGAAGAGGACCAUUAUGACAAGUGUGAGGACACGCGCUAUGAGACACGCUAUGAGACAUCAUUGGCUAGAGAUGAGAAACGACAAGACCCCAACUUACAAUAUUUACUAGACACAGAAUACAUCACGCCAAUUGAAGUGGAACAAAUUCUUAAUAGCAUUGGAAAGAGAGAGAGCAUUUUAAAGAUGCAAAACAGUUCAACUCAAAAGAAUUUAGUCAAUGAUAUAGCUGAAAGAAGUGAACAACUUGUGUAUUCUAAUCAUAUGGAAACAGUCUAGAAGUAUGCAUUUUAAAAAAAAAGGUCUAUUAUAUCAGAAGCCCAUGUAAACAAGCUAGUCAAUUUUAAACUAUGGUGCUGUAUGUGUCAAAUAUCACUUCCUAAAUAUGGUGAGUUCAGAAAUUACAAUUAUAGACUCUGAAGACUGAGCAUGUGUUCGUCUGUGUCUUGGGCUAACAAGAAAGUUGUUUGGAGUUCGCAAAAACCAAACUCAUUCAAUUUCCCUGGCUGCACCAGAAAUUGAACUCAUUUCUUUUGCUCAGCAAACAAACAUUCAGCUACUUCCACUUUAU